GCCCAGUGUUGUUGCAUCAAACUAUCGCAACGCCUGACAUUUACUGGUCAUCAGACCGGUUUGGCGACUUCUGCUGACUCAGAUGUCAAAGGGCGUCCACAAAACCGCGAACAUAUUUUAAUACUAACCAUCACAAAUAUUUCUGGAGUUACGGUAGUUUGCUGGGAUUUAUCGAUCUAUGCUCGGUGAAACGGACGAAACCAAGGAGAGAUAGAAGAAGACUCAGUGCAUACACGUUACAACUCGUCACUACAACCAGAGCUAACAACGUGUCCUGUGGGAAACAUUUCUGAGUUACAUCGUGAAGAUUUCUACAAAUCGUCUUCCAACAUGGCAGCGGCAACGUCUCCAAGUGUCAGUCGGAAGGACGAGCUUCUUAAAGACCUGAAGACGGUCCCGAAGGCUGGUGAACCAGGAAUCAUCGAGGUGUCCGGGGACCAGGCGGAAGGCAUCCUGUUAGACGACCGGGGGAGGGCCGUCAUGGCUGCGGCUACGUACGGCUCAGGUAGGAUUGUGGCCUUCGGUCAUAACGGCUACAUCAAGCAGUUCCGGGAGGGCAAAAACAAGAAUUUCUUCAACCUGAAUCACAACAUUCGCACCUGGCUGGGAAUCGGUGGGGAGGGGGGCGAAAUCACGUUUGGCGACACUCUCAAAACUGUUGAAGACAUCCCCAAAUCAGGCGUUCUGGUCGUCGCCGGCGGCGGAGACAAGCUCAAGAAAUUCGUCCCGGGUAUUUUGAAGUUCAUCCAAGAAGGAGGGGGAUUCCUGUGUGGGGUAUGCCCGUGGGGGUGGUUGCAAAAGCGCCCCCAGGAGACCAUCGAAGGCAUGGCACUUCAGCAGAUUGUGAAAGAGGCCGGUAUGUCCUUUACGGGAGAAAAAUGCGAGGUAGAGAAGAAGAAGUUCAGCGUCGUUCAGGGCAAGGAGAAAGAGGAGAAUGGAGCUGACAUGAAGAAAGGUUCUGUCAACACUCCGGGCAAGUGCGUCGAAAAACGUGUCGAGAUGCCGGAGGAAAUGUGUGCGUCUCCUACCGUGCCCAUGGCAGCAGCAGCGGCGACGUCUCCGAGCGGCAGUUGGAAGGACGAGCUCCUUAAAGACGUGACGACGGUCCCGAAGGUCGGCGUGCCGGGAAACAUCGUGGUGUUCGGAGACCAGGCGGAACCCAUCCUGCUAGACGACCGGGGAAGGGCCAUCAUGGCGGCGGCCACGCACGGAGCGGGAAGAGUCGUUGCCUUCAGCCACAACGGUUACAUCAAACAGUUCAGCGAGGGAAAGAACCAAAAGUUCGAGACCCUGAACCGCAACAUUCGCACCUGGCUGGGAAUGAAGGAGGGGGAUGUCGUGACGGACGCCGGAAAGAUCAAAGAAGCCGCAGACAUCCCGACAUCAGGUGUUCUGUUGGUCGCCGGCGGAGGCGAUAAGGGGAAGAAGCUUGUUCCUGACGUGCUGAAGUUCAUCAGAGAAGGAGGCGGGUUGCUGUGUGGAGUGUGCCCGUGGGGAUGGUUGCAGAAGCGCCCCCGCAAGACCAUCGACGACAUGGUACUGCAGGCAAUCGUGAACGAGGUCGGCCUGUCCUUCACAGCCGAAACCUGCGCAGCGAAGAAAGAAAUCAGUGCGGCGGAGAGCAAGGAGAGGGCCGAGGUGUCUCAUCUAGGCCGCGCCCUGAAGGCCAUCGACUUGGACCCGGACUCCGUGGAGAAGUACGCCGAGACCGUCGCCGAGAACGCGCACUCCAUCCCGGACAAGUGCUUCGAGAAGCGUCUGAACACGCCCAUGGAGAAGUGCUACGAGAAAUGCAUCAAGAAACACAAGGACUGCAUCCCCAAGGGUGGCAAGAAGAAAGUGAAGGACAGUAGAGGAAGAGCAGUCGUCUCUCUGACCACCGGUUUCUUGGAGAAACAAGCCAAGAUGGGAAAAGAAGUCAAAGCGCCUGGCAUCAACGACUUCCCGGGAGAUUUUGAAGACGAGCCGCAACUGCAGUGCGCGUCUGUGAUCAUCAAAUCCGCAAGGAAAGAGCGCCACUCGACGGGAUACUACCUCCCUGCAGGCAAAGUCCUGACCAUCAAGGCGACCACGACCGGAGAACAUUUGGAGGACUGGCGGGUGAGGGUUGGAGCACACUCGGACAACUUGAGCGGGAAGAAGGAGUUCAAGCGAUGGCCGAAGCUGAGCGUGGUGAAACGUCUGGAAGCAGAGACGAAGAUAAGCUCGCCUUACGGUGGUCUGAUCUACUUCGAGAGUCCCAAAGAGGCGGGGGACCUCACGGCGUCAAUGGAGAACGUGGUGGAGGCUCCGUACUAUGACUUGGAGGAUCCCAGGAGCGUCCAGAACUGGUCUGAGCGCAGGAAGGCCCCGGGACUUUGGGCAGACCUGGCCGGAGAACACAUCAUCUUCACCUUCCCGUCUGCAUCCGUGCGGGACCUGGAAGACCCCAGUGAGGGCCUGCGGGCUUGGGACGACGUAGUUAAGGCACACCACGAGCUGCGCGGCACGACCCCUAGCGGCGACCACCGGCAGCGCAUCGUGCCAGACCGCCAGCCCAAGGCCGGGUGGAUGCACGCCGGCUACCCCAUCGUGACGAACAUGGACAUCGCGCAGAAGGACAAGUUUAUCCUGGACGGGAAGAAGCUGAGGAAGGCCGGCAACUGGGGACUGUUCCACGAGCUGGGACACAACAUGCAGAGGAAGGCGUGGACGUUUGAAGGAACCGGAGAGGUGACGUGCAAUGUCUUCACUCUUCACGCCAUGGACGUGGUGGCAAAGAGAGACCCCUGGCAACAUCCGUGGGUACGGAACAAGUGGCCUUCCAUUGAGCAGUUCUUCAAGGACGGCGCUCCACAUGACGUGUGGAAGAAGAAAGCAGGCGUGGCCCUGGCUGUGUACGCUCAACUAGCGCAUCACUUCGGCUGGGAACCUUACAAAAAGGUAUUCCGUCAGUACGAAAAGGACCCCAAGAAGAAAGAACCGCAGAACAACAAGGAGAGGAUCGUCUUGUGGAUCGUGCGUUUCUCCAAGGAGGCCGACCGCAACUUGGUGCCGCUCUUCGACUUCUGGGGCUUCCCGCACACCGAGGAGGCGCAGGCCCAGCUCUCGGGGCUGGAGGCCUUCCUGCCCGACGACGACCUGACUGCGCUGGCGCCGGAACGGCUCGCGGAGAUCAGGGGGAAAUACAACAUGCAGAAAUGAGGAGGACUGAACUAGCUGUCUAUCAUAGGGAAAUGUCACUGAAGCAUAUUUAGUUUUAAACGCUAUGUGUUAUUUCAAAAUAUCACAGGAAACUAG